UCCUUUUUCUUUUGUCCGCAGCAUGUCCAGUCCCUCGAUGUGGCCCGGGAGUCCGUUCUUCAGAAAAACUGGAGGAGUCCUCCUACAAGAUCAGGACAUUGAUGCUGCGGCAGCCAUGAUGUUAUUGAAUACACCUGAGUCCCACGGGGUCUUCCCUCAGGGAGUGAUCCAGAAUGGAGCCAGGAUGAGUCAAGGUCUCUUCCCAGGAAUCCCACCGCUUCCCAUCAACCCCCUCGGCAGCAGGACGGCCACAGUCAGGACAGUUUUGGUGGGUUGUCGGAAGCGAAGUGACAGUGAACCAUCCUGCGACUCCCCAUUGGUCAGCAGUGACCCCAAGGAGGACCACACCUACAGCACAGCCCAAUCAGACGAGGGCAGCGACUCUAGUGUCCAUGGCAACGAAGGCAGCGACACAGAAGAGGACGACAAGAGCAAGAUCAAGAAGGAGCCCCGGGAUUGGCCCAUUGAUAUAGACUCCGCUUCUUGCCACACCCCCCAACUUAAGAAACGACAUCACUUCCUGAAAACCAAGCUGCGACUGGCGAGCGAUACGCUCCCGCUGAAAAAACGGCGUACGGAAAAACCGCCCGAGAGCGACGAUGAAGAGAUGAAGGAAGCAGCUGGUUCGCUGCUUCACCUCGCUGGAGUCAGAGCUUGCUUGAACAAUAUUACCAAUCGGACGGCCAAAGGCCAGAAAGAGCAGAAAGAACCUACAAAAAACUGACUUGUGCUGCCAGAGAGACAGAGAGACAGAGAGGGAAGAUUUUGCUGAAAAGAGCAAGAAAAUUAAACAAAACAUCACUUUUAAUAUAAAAUUUACGAUUUCUUUUUUCAGGACAUCAGGUGAAAAAAUCUGAAUGCUUUGUGGCAAUAUCAAACAAUCACUCUGUUUUCCUAGCGUUGGUGUUAAUGUUUUUGAGGGUUGAUUUUAUGUUGUUGUUUUGUUUUGUUGAAAGGAGACUAAAGCCAUAGCUGAACUUUUUUUUUAAAGACAUUUCAGCUAAGUUACCAACAGGUUUCUGUUAGCUGAGAGCAAGGAGGGGGAAACAUUGUUUUCUGGGGGGAAAAAGACCCCACCAUUACUAAGAUAUGGCCUGGAUACAUUGAUAUGGACCAUCAUUGUCAUUGAUAUCAAACCGAUUGUAGGGGGUGCAUGUUUAGCUUUGUUCAGUUAUAGGAUAACAUUUCAGUUGCCUCAUAGGCAAGUUACAUCAGUGGGAUGUAGUAAAAACUACAGCACUGUAGUUAUUACAUAUUUUUAACUACCCACUUAUUCCAUACUAGUUUUAAUAAUGCGAUGCAAAUUCUUCAAAAAAGGAGCAUUACAAAGUGCAAAAACAACUGGUGUUAGUAUCAAACAAUAAAGUAAUAGUAUUAUGCUGUCAGCAAAAACAACUCUUAACUUUUUGGUUUGUCCAAGUAAAAUGACUCAUCAAUUUAACUGACUUAACAUUGCAGCAAAGCAUCUGGAGGGUAAAAUGUGAAAAGGCAGACUGCAGAAGUAACCCUGAUGUUCAUUUAAAGUGAAAUCCCUUGAAACUGUUAGCUUAGCCGUUGUUAGCAUAGCCCAGAUAUCUGCCAGUGACCCCAUAAACAAAUCCACAAUAGCUUGCGUGUACAUGUCUUUAGUGUGUCAGCGUCUGGAUGGUGCCAAAGAGGAAGUUUUGGUCAGCCCAGUGAUGAUACUAGUAAUUCAUUGACUGCCUUGUGUUUGCCACAUCACCUGUCUUUCUAAGGUGCUGAUACAAUUUAGCCACCCAAAUCUAUGUAGCAUGCCAAGGCAAAAAGAACCGUGAUCGUUACCUCUUGAAGUAUAACUGUUUUGGGACAAAGGUCACUGGUAUACAGUAGAAAAGGCUUAGUGGCUCUGAAGAAGUCCUCUUUAGUUGCUUUGAAGAAGUCCUCUUUUAAAAUAUAGUUAUCAGAGUUAAAUAUGUAAAGAAGCCAUAAGCUAAUAGGCUGGCUAGUGCUUACCAGAGAGGAAGAUGACCUCAGAAACUGCCUGUGUCCUUUUUGAAAAGCAAUCAAAGUGAGUUAGACUCAAAAAGUCUAAAUGUAUAUCGCUCUGGAUAAGAGCGUCUGCUAAAUGACUAAAUGUAUAUGAAAAUUGUGAUAUUUUCCCUGUGGCAUAAAAACCUGAACACCUUGACUGGUUGACAAGGAAGCUACAGAGCCUGCCAAUUUUAUUUUUAGUGAGAGAAAUAUAUGACUAUGGAUUUUGUGUUUAUUUGUUUGUUUUCUUACCUACCCUCAACGUAAUAAAGCAAUUUCAUCCAUUCAGGAUAACACUGUAUAAAGGUUCACCUAAAAGCUUUUUUCCCUUCCCUUUCUUAAUUUAAGCAAUGUAGCCAGCAGGAUUUUCCAAAUCGUGUUGCAUGGGUUCUGUACAAAAAAGAAAAGAAAAGAAAACAGUUUUUUAUUCUGAGAAAAGUUCACGUAAGGUAAAUAAUGUAUUUAGCAUGGAGCAUGAAUUAUUUUCAUAUAAAUAUAGAUCCUAGAGAGCAAAUUGGUUCUGCCUCGAAGUUCUGCACCUGGUGUGGAACUCCUCUUUGUUGUUUUGUCUUAAUAUGAACUCAAUUUAUUUGUUUCUUGUCCUCGCUCAUCUUAUGAUUAUAAUUUUUUGUUGUGGACUCGGAAAAGAUUAAGUUAACUCUCUUCAGGGACAAUAACCCGGACUGUUUGCAAAAGCUGUCUGCAAUAUUAGGAUUUCACUUUUGGAGUGGAAGUGCGAUCUACCACCAGAUAGCUCAUUUUGUACUCCUACUUCUCCAACACCUCUUUCUCCUCCAUACAAGAAUGGCCCCAGAAUUGUCAAAUCACCUGGUGGUCAUGCUUGAUAAGACAAACACAACAGUCCAUAAAGUGUUUGACCUGUUUGUUCAUUUGUUAUUACUUAGCAGUUAAGGAUUAAACAUAUUUCAUGUGAUGUCAAAGUUUGCACCUUGAAAGUUUUUUUAUUUUCUUUUGUGCAUAGCCAUGCUGUAAAUUGUCUAUAGUGUCAGAGGGAUGUUGGUGAAUCCAUUUUCAAACUCAUGUCAUAUAGGAGAACUGUGUAGCGAGUGAAGGUCUCCACCCCCCCACCCCCCCCUUGCUAGUUCUUCCACCAUGUUUUCUUUUUAAAGGCUUGGUACGUCUUUGAUAUUUCAGGGUCUUCCAUUUAAAAAGACACAGCAGCAUUUUGGCUCAGUACACAUAUUUGUGGUGUCUUUGCUUUGAUUUCUCUUUUUGUUGUUGGUUUUAACCAUUUAUUUUAUUUUUCGGUUUUCAAUGUCAGUAUUACUCCGGCUAUUAUUAACUUGUUGCACAUAAAACUCAGACAACAAUACAGAUUUAGUUUGACGGCUAAUACAACUCUAGUGCAUUAUAUUAACAUCAUUUUGCCGGGUUGCACUACGAUGUUGAAUUUCAGAUAUUGUAUACGUUCAGUGCCAAAGCCUGUACAAUUUUAUAUGAACCUAAAAAUAAGGCAGAUACACACCUACUUGAUGUGUACGUCCAACAUAAAUUUGCCAGUGAGUUGUAGCAUGUCUGUCAGACGCAAUAUCUAUAAUGUUAAGAUUCAUACUUUUUAUUACACUACUUCCUGUGUAUUGUUCAAUGGGAUGUUUUAUGUUGUGUGGGGGUUUUUUUGCGCUCAGUUGUUUUUCUGUGGCCAUGAAAUUCUGGUACAUGUGCGGAAUGACAAAACGUAUCGAGCCUAGUGAAGACCUUAUUAGAAAGUUGUCACUUUUUUGUUGUCUCAUUGGCCUCCAAAGUAACGUCCUGCCCUUAUCCUUUUCCUAGCUGAUAAGAUGCGGGACAUGAUAACUUUUCAGUGUGGCAUGCAUAAACUCCUUGUAAUCUCCUCAUAACAUGUGACACGUAAAAGACAUUAAGCGUUUGUGUCUGUUUAUAAAGCAACUUUUAAUGUUAAUACAACACUUCUAAGCACUAUUGCUUUAUAAACUUACAUAAACGUUUAAGUUGGACUUUAUCUUCUCCUCAGUGUGGUCAAUGUGAUGAGCUUCUGUCAGUAAGACUGCCUGUUGUGUAAAAUGUACCCUCUACUGAUCAAAAUUAUGUAUAUUUCAGUUUAUUCCCCUUAGUUUGUUACAAAUACUAGGGAUAUUUCCUUCUUGUUUCACUACAUAACUUUCCCUCAGCAGUCCCUUGGGUUCCAUCAUGUUUUAAAAAUGAAAAAAGUGUUAUUAAAAAGUAUAGAGAUUAUGAAUAAAUCAACAAACUGUUAAUACUAGCCAGGCAAAAGUUCGGAAAGACUCAAAUAGUGUUUCAUUGUGUGCGUGUAUAUUUUGUCUUUAUGUUCAACUGCCAUUUUUUGUUUACUGUUUUACAAGGUUUGCAGAAUAUGUGAUGAGUGAGCAAAUAAUAGUCAGAUAUACUUUCAUUUUUGUUCACUAGUUAUCUGAGAUUCCCAGAAAAUACCUGGUACUUUUUAUUCCCCCAAACUAGAAGCUUACAAACUUAAAAUUCAUUAUAAAUUGCCAACUACUUUUUUUUGGCCCCAUGUUUGUUUCAGUAAAUAUUUAGAAAUACAAAGUGAUUCUUUGUUAACAUGGCAACUGUAAGGCGUAACAAAACAACACAAAGCCAAGUAGUUUGUAACAGGUAAAUGGUGUAUGAUGAAAAAACAUGCUACCAAUCAUUUUGUAUUCUUUAUGUGAACUGUAGUCUUGACGGCAUGACCUUCCAACUGAUCCGUUAAUAUGGAGACGUAUAGAAGUAUGCGUUCUGUAUUUCCUUGAUGUGUAAUCAUAUUGCCAAAGACAAAUAACUUCAUUGAUUAAUGUAAAUAUCACUUUGUCCAUCAAGACGACAAAAUGUUUUUUUUCUUCUGUUGUUGUUGUUGUUGUUGAUUGUUUGUUUUUUUGUUUUUUUUAUUCUGUUUAUUUCCGAAGAAAAAAAACUACCAUAAAGUUUCUGUGCUGUAUUGUCUUCCAGUUGCAAUAAAAAAGAACGCAUUGCAAAAUGA